AUGGAAACGGAGGGAGUGGUGCAGUACAGGCUGCUCGGCUCGCAUCCCGCAGCGUCGGGCCGAUACCACAGCUACGGAUUUGCCGGUGAUACAGUGCAGGUUGCCACCAUCGUGCAGGACAUCGUAAAACAACACCAGAUCAACCUCACAAAGUACAAGCUGGAUGUCCGCCGUUUGGUGCCGCUCGGCACAGAGCGUCAGGAGGUUCAGGCAGCGCCUGCCAACGCUGACAAAGACCUAAUACCGCUCAACAGCUUCCUGCGGACGUACGACAGAGUCGUUGUCAACGUCUCGCGGCGACACUACAUGGACGGUGUAGCGGAUGCUGCGCAGGGGGGGGAAAAGGCGUGCGACGGUCGCUUGCAGCAGGUGGAGGGCAUACUGCAGGGCCACGAGGAGACGUGGUCCCCACAGUUGAUGCCAACUGGUCCUGCUAAGCGCGAAAGAUGCGAGGAUGGCAGUGAAGGGGACGCGCUCGCAUUUAGACGCAUAACCGCACUCUCAAACAAGGCGUUCCCACUGCUUCCCUCGCUAUUACGGCGCAACCCCACGGCCUCGUCGCGCAUACCAACACCAACUAAAGGGUUGUGUGUUGUUUGUGAGCUCAAGUGCUUUAAAGAGACGGUGCUGCCGUGCUGUCGGUUUUCAGUCUGUGCGCCCUGCCAGGAGUUAGCAAAAACAAUGAUGAUGAAUGAGAAUGAAUGUGCGGUGUGUGGAGCGCUUCCCGAGCUCCAGAAAGCGACAAACACUAAUCUUUCCACCCCAUCAGCACCUAUCAAGCGUGAGUUGAACGCCUCAGCGCCGACUAACGCAGCUGCUGGGCUGAGGCAAAGGGGGCCGUGCGGUUCCUCCCAGCGGAGUACCAGCAGGGGCAGCAGUGCCGGCUGUGCACAGUCACGCCCCUCUCGCCGCGCCACGAUGGCUACUGCGUUCGAGUCGGAUCUGACAGCGAAUAUGGCACGGGUGCUAUCGUUGCUCGACGUGACUGAUCCGCUGCCCACAGAGACGAAGAAGACACGGCGUAUAAGCGUAGUUCUUGCGCAAUACACAGCAUUAUAA